AUGUACUGCUUCUACUUUUUUAUUAAAUUGGUCAAAAUUAUCGACAAUCGUUUUAUUUACAACUAUAAUUUCGUCUCAAAUUUAGACUUAUCUCCACUUCAAUUUACCGGACACGCAACCCCCUAUACAUUAGACAGAAAUACAUUGAUAACUAGAUACAAAAGCAUAAAGUUUAGUAAUUUACCUUCCUUUAUGUAUGGAACUUCGUGGGGAAAGUACUGUUCCUCGUCAAGUAUGGAACUUGAUAACCUGUACAAUUAUUUUUCCGCAAAAGUCGUUGAUAUACAAAUUAAACUGCAAAACAUAGAUCUGGAUGAUUCUCAACCGUAUCAAUACUGUGUCGAUGAAUUACAGACGGUAUAUCUCACAGAACCACACAUAAGCAUCUCAAAAGUCAGGGCUGGAUACUGGCCUUCAUGUUCGGUCAGGUUCCUGCUGAAAUACAUUGCUACAGAGAAGAAAUCAGAAAUAAUGAUUUCUACGGAUGGAAGGCGUCAAAGGAUAAGAAAACCAACUUUCAUUAUGGACUCAGCCGUUACAGUAGAGGAGUUGUUGGACUCGCCUUAUUCUGCUCUGUCACUGAAAAGUGACUAUCGCGAAAGUCACUUAGUCUAUGUCUUUGGAAGUCUGAGAAUUAUUCAAAGACUAAAUCCGAAUGACGAUUAUGAAUUAUCAUCAACCCUCGCAGAAGAAUCGAUUUCACAAGUCUAUGAGAUAUUCAAAUAUGCCGAUGAAAAGAUACAGGAUGCGAAUAGUCUAGCUCUUCACGAUAUUAAAAUUCGUAUAUUGUAG